GUGCAAGUGGGGAAUGGGCAGAGAGGAGGGAGACGCAGAGUCCGAAGCAGGCUCCAGGCUCUGUCUGUCAGCACAGAGCCUAAUGCGGAGCUCGAACUCAUGAACUCUGAAAUUGUGACUGGAGCUGAAAUCAGACACUUAACUGUCUGAGCCACCCAGGUGCCCCGGGAUAUGUUUUUUGUUUAAACAGUAGAUAUACUCAUGUUACUUUUUGCCCCCAAACCUUUUCAUAUUCCUUUUGUGGCUUUCUACUCACUUUCAGGUAAAUUCCUUAAACUGUUUUUCAGGGUUGGAUUUGAUCUGGCUUUCUCUUGCCUCAGGCUUCAUGUCUUAUUUUUGUGCUUAAUAAUUUGUCUUACUGGAUCUCUUUUUCAUUUUUCCAAAGUACUGAGCAGGAUUCCUUUUGUGUAUCGUUUCAUAUCUCUGGUAUAUUCUCUUCUGUCCUUACCUGUUUCAUUCCUUUUUAUCUCUUUUUCAGCGAGGCUUUCUUUCCCAGACUACAUCAGGGCCCCUCUGCUCUACAUUCCAGCAUCUCAUAUUUCUACUUUUGUAAUUCCCAUAAUCGUAACUACACUUUAAUGUCUUUGUCCAGCUGUAAUGUAAGUUCUGGGCAGGUCGGGGCACGUCUGACUUUUUCUUCACUGUUUCACUCUGAUUGUACUGAAACCCCACUCUACUUCAUGGUUCUCUAUAGGAUUGUGUUGUGGGUUCUUUGUAUGCCCCUCUUAUAGAACAGGAUCAGGAAAUCCCAGAUAGAAUCCUCUUAAACCUUUAAAAUUUAGCACAGAGCCACAGGCUUUGGAUGAGAAUACCACACUACCAGCCUUAUGUAUUUCAGUAGACUUGUGCCAUGCAUACAUGUGUUUUGAGCACUCAGUUAUGGUAAAAUCAUCUCUCUGUCUUCCUUUUUCCUUGAAAUAAUGCUUCAGAUUCUUCUUUUCAUUUCAGGGUUAUAUGGAGAGACAUUUUUGGAUGAACAGUUGUGAUUAAAUAUUAUGAACAUGAGAAACUCUGUACUAUUUUUGCAAUUUUUUUGUAAGUGAAAAAUUAUUUCACAGUUUAAAUGAAUUUUUUUCCCUUUUAAACUGCAGCCUACACUCUUCAUGUUGAGCUGUGCCUGAAGAGAAACUGUUUAGUUGAUCUGACCUCUAGAAGAAAGGGCAAUCAGUAUACUUUCAAGUUGUACAAAUAGAGUUCCCUCACUGCUGUCCAGCUCCAUAGCAUAUAGUGGAGACGAGUGGAUCAGACUUUAAAGCAUCAGCUUUACUGUGAGGCCAUUUCCCUGUGCAACUUUUGAUUAUAUUGACUUUUUAUAUGGAUUGUUGUAUAUAAAGACAGGGCACUAAUUAACGUGAAUGCUUCCAUCCGCUUCAUAGGUAUCAUUCUGAUUUAUUCAUCCAGCGCUUGAGUGUUUGCUAAUGUGUCAGUCUGGCCGUCACUUUUUAUACAGCUGACCAAUGGAAUUUGUGAAGCUGGAAGGCUGGAAGCCCACUGCAAUUUGUGCUGAUGCAGUCCCUCUGCUAGCUAGACAUUUUGUGUCAGUUAGUAGAUCGCGUUCCUAGGCAACCAUUCUUUCUCAUUUUCCUGUUUACUGGGACAGUGAUAUCCCCUCCCCCACCUUUGUUCCCCCCUAUGAGCAGGGCUCCCAGUUUUCCAACUCUGAAGUGUUUUCCUAUCAAAGCAAAGAGAGGAUUUGUGGAUGUUGAAUAUGCAAGGAGCUGAAGAGCAAGAGCUCGGAAGAGAGGUUUGUGCAGAUUUGAUGAGCAAGUCUGUUCCAGAGCAGGAUGUCUCUGAAAUUGAUUCACCAGGGAUAGUAGCAAAGAGAUUACAAGACGAUGCAUACCAGGAUUCUACAUUUGGAGAAAAAUAUGCAUGUGAGAGCAUGAAGGAAAACCCUGCUGGAGAGGUUCCUGGACCAUGUCUUUUCAAAGAAGGAGGUUUUGGGGGAAUGACUUUUAUCCACAAGGAAGCAUCUCCUGAAAUGAUUAGCCAAGAAUAUAAUUUUGAGAGAAGCUUACUUUUGACUUCAAGCUUUGUUACGCGUCUCAGGGUUUCUACACAAGAGAGCCUACAUCAGUGGGAGACAAGUAGCAUACACACCAAUGAGAUUUCAGACCAGAGUAAAUGUCCAAGCCUCUCUGCACAGAAAAAGCCUUGGGAAUGUAACGAAUGUGGAAAAGCUUUUACUCAGAGCUCAUCCCUUACCCAGCAUCAGAGGACUCAUACUGGAGAGAGGCCCUAUGCAUGUGAGGAAUGUGGGAAAGCCUUUAGUCGUAGCUCCUUCCUUGUUCAACAUCAAAGAAUUCACACUGGAGUAAAACCAUAUGGAUGUGAGCAGUGUGGGAAAACAUUUCGGUGUCGGUCAUUUCUUACUCAGCAUCAGAGAAUCCAUACUGGAGAGAAACCUUAUAAAUGUAAUGAAUGUGGGAAUUCCUUCCGCAAUCAUUCACAUCUCACUGAACAUCAGCGAAUUCACACUGGAGAGAAACCUUACAAAUGUAAUCGAUGUGGGAAGGCAUUCAAUCAGAACACACACCUCAUUCAUCAUCAGAGGAUUCACACUGGUGAGAAACCUUAUUUAUGCAAUGAGUGUGGCUCUUCUUUUCGUAAACACUCAAAUCUUACACAACACCAGAGAAUUCACACUGGGGAAAAACCCCAUAAAUGUGAUGAAUGUGGGAAAACUUUUCAAACAAAGGCAAACCUCUCUCAGCAUCAGAGAAUUCAUACUGGAGAGAAACCCUAUAAAUGUAAGGAAUGUGGCAAAGCCUUUUGUCAGAGCCCAUCCCUUAUUAAACACCAGCGAAUUCAUACUGGAGAAAAACCUUAUAAGUGUAAGGAAUGUGGCAAAGCGUUUACUCAGAGCACCCCACUCACUAAACAUCAGAGAAUUCAUACAGGGGAGAGACCCUACAAAUGCAGUGAAUGUGGUAAAGCCUUCAUUCAGAGCAUUUGCCUCAUUCGGCAUCAGAGAAGUCACACUGGAGAAAAACCCUAUAAGUGCAAUGAAUGUGGGAAGGGCUUUAAUCAGAAUACCUGCCUCACUCAGCAUAUGAGAAUUCAUACUGGAGAGAAGCCCUAUAAAUGUAAAGAAUGUGGGAAAGCCUUUGCUCAUAGCUCAUCUCUUACUGAACAUCAUAGAACACACACUGGUGAGAAGCUCUAUAAAUGUAGCGAGUGCGAGAAAACUUUCCGCAAGUAUGCACACCUUAGUGAACAUUACAGAAUUCACACUGGUGAGAAGCCUUAUGAAUGCAUUGAAUGUGGAAAAUUCUUCAGACAUAGUUCAGUCCUUUUCAGACAUCAGAAACUUCACAAUGGUGAAUAACCCUGGCAUUCAGGUUAUGACAGCUUCUCUAGAAAUAGUGACUAGGAAUCUGGCUGGGGCCAGGGCGGGGGGCAGGUACAUUUCCUGGAGGGAGCACCGACUGUUACACUCAGAAGAGUAUUUCCAGUUACGGAGGCGGGAGCUUGGAGAAUGCAGAGCCUACAGCUGGGCAUCUGGGAAUUCAGGGUAGAAAGGAAGUUCCCUGCUUUUCAGAUGAAUCUUUGCUGCUUGCCACUUCUCCUUGUGACUUUCAUACCUGGAGGUGCCAUUGUUAAGUUAGCACUUGUGUUUCCCUUACUGCACUCCUGCCCCACCUUCCCAGCUUGUGACCUGUGUUCUCUGGCCAGUAGGCUGAGGUGCUUUCCCAAACAUUCAGUGUGAAAGUGGCAAGAGUUCUGAGGUAGUGCUAAGUAGCCUCCAGGUAUCUGAGGCUGCUUUCAACAUGCGAUCUGUAGAUGUGGUCUCAUGAAGGAGAGGCGGAAAUAAGGGAAAACAAAGAAUCCUUAUUCAUUCAUUCAACAAAUAAGGGGGUAUGUGGCAAGCACUGGGCUUAUGUCUACAGAUAUGUUAGUGAAGAAGGCUUUUCUCGGGGUGAGGGAGAUCUUUCCUGAUCCUUUCAAGAUGGAAGGCAAUUUGGGGCUAAAGUGGAAGUAGGAGGUCAAGAGAAACUUAUCUUGAGCGAUGCCAGUUUGGAAAGGGAGUCAGGUCUGCUCAGAGGGCCAGGAAGAGGAAUGUCCAAACUUUGUCCCAGAGGAACACUGACUUACCCAGGAGGGACAUAGUAUGUGCUAGGCUGCUGGUGCUGAGGGACAACGUCCAAACAACUGUUAAUGGGUGUUUAGGGAGGAGAAACCAUUGGUGAUAAAGACAGCCUUUUAGGUUGGCUGGAUUCAGGGCUGCCGGACCAGUCCUUAAGAGAAUGUUGGUCAUUGUAGCGGAGAGGGCUAGGUUUCAUUUAAUUAUGCCAUUGGUAGCUAUAAACAGAUUAGUUAGGUUUCAGAUGUUUCCAUUUUUAUUGGCACUAUCUUAUUCUUGGAUAUUUUACCCUUCCCUGUAGGUUAGGUGUAAUCAGGGAAACACUGUCAUGGGAUAAAUUUGGAAAGUGUUCUAGAGAGAAUUACCUCUUUUUCAAAUCCUUGAAUGUUGAGACAGCAUAGUUAGCCACUGACUAUGAUGGUAUUUUAUUCUUUUAAGAGAGAAGGCAUGUUUUUUUUUCCUUUAUUUCCUUACUCCCUUUCAUGUUCUUCACUGCUACCCAGACCUUGAGCUCUGAGAGAUGAGGUGAGGAUAGCCGUUGUCUGGUAUUUGGAAGAGUUUCUAUGCUCUGAAGUUCAUACAGUUUUAAAAAUAAUGACUGUUAAAAACAAAGUCAGUUGAUUCUGGAAUGGUUGGUUACUUAGAACUCAGUAUUAAUUUUUUUCCAGAGCAACUGUCUUGUAAGUAGUGGUUUGAGCUAUUAAUUACCAUGAAUAGGAACGUGGCAGAAAUAUCACUCUCUUCCUCUCUAGCUGUGAAGAGUAUAUUUUCAAAACCUGUCACAGGGCAACUAAUAAUUGAGUAAAUCAAUGCUUUAUGGACAAAAAAACCCUGUUAAAACUUCACGUUCAUGAAAAGUUAUAUUAUUGAAAGGAAAUAUUGAUGUAUUUGUACUAAGUGAAAAUAACGCUACAGAAUUCAUUGCUGGCACAUACUAAAUAUGUAAUAAAUAUUUGUUGAAUUAAUAUAUUUUAAUCAAACUUUGCCCACCAGAAACUUUAGCAACUUCCUGGGUUAUGUAGGUGUUUAGAAUAUUUAUACACUACUAUCUUUAGAGUCUUGAGUUGAGAUUAGAGAGAAUUGGGAAAGUUUUCUUAAGGAAGAAAUGGGAAAUCUAAGGUUGAGACAUCUCCAACUUUUUGUUCGAAAGCUUUUUAAAAAUAGAAUAGACACAACUCUUUUUUAAAAUGGUACCAUUUUUGGGUACCAUUUUCACUUCCUGGGAAAACAGGAAGGAAAGGACCUUGUCAUCUUUCCACUCUCCUUAUCCCAUAUUCUCACACUUGCAAAUAUUUGCUCCUGGCAAAAUUCUCUCAUUCGCUGGCCAACCAUGUGCCUACUUACUCUAGCUUGGCCCCAAAUCCUGGAAAUGCCCCCUCUGUCACUCUUGUACUCAGUCUUCGUAUCCAAGCAGCCACUGUAUCCUGCUUACAUCUCCUAAAUCUCAAAGCCAUUUCCAUUGCUACUGCUUUAAUCCACUCCCCAGUUUAUUUCCUAGACCAUUUUCCUAUUUUCCCAGUCAGUCUUCCAGUUACCCCACUAGGCCGUCUUUCACAUUUCUUCUUGAUGGUCUUUGAAAGACACAACUAGCAGUGCUGCUGUUACCUCAGAAUAUUCUAGCCCCUUAAAAGGCAUAUAAGGCUCCUAUGUUGGCCCAUGCCUACAUCAUCAUUCUCAGGUACCAUUCCCUGCAUUGCAUGCUGUUCCAUUGUGCAAAUUCCGUGAUUCCCCAUCACUGCUGGACUCAACUUUGGCACCUUUUGCACAUCCUGUUUUUAUUGCCUCAAUAUCCUUCCUUCUGCUUGCCUGGGAAGCUCCCCUCUGUCACUUGUGAACGUGCUCAUGCAACAUCUCCUUUGAAGCUGUGUCUGGCCUCACAUAUUUUUUAUUUUUGUAUUUUAUAUCUUCAUUUUGUUUAUCAUGUUACAUUGUAAUGGCUUGUUUACAGAUCUUUUCCCACUGAACUAUCAGCUCUGUCAAAGCUGGGGCCAUGUGAUAUUUAUUCAGGUUUGUAUCCACGGUCCCUGGAAUUUAGAGUGUGUUCAGUAAAUAUUUGUUGAGCUACACUAAAACGUUGAGUCAGACAUUUCUCCAUGCCUCCCUGCCAGGCUAUAACUUAGGUCCACAGUUACCAGCAGAAAGGAGGUGUGGUAAGUAUAGGAGCGUGUCCAUGAAGUAUUUGCCAGGUGCGAGAACUCCAAACCGUUCCCCAAGAUACAGAUGGUGUGGUUGUAUUAAGCAGAGGGUCUCUUAAGAGAAAGUAACCUUUUGUAGCAAAAAACCCCCCAAAACUCCACUUGUUAUAAAUUAGCCAUUUAAAUGUCCCAUCACAAUUUAACCGAGUAUUUUCAGACGUCAUAUUGAUGUCAGGGUCAACUGGGAGAGACAAAUGCAGCUGUAGAAGCACAACCACUUCAGCUGGAAUAUCCCUGAAAUAAGCAGGAGCUGAAUAGUGAUGCUGGCCUGGCAGGAGAGCGAUUGAGCUUAGUAGCAAUCCCAACCAUGGAGACGCUUCCUGAGCUCAUGGCUUUCCUUGGCUGGGGAUGAUAAAGAGCUGGAAUAUGUUGCUUAUUCUCAGUGUGAUGAAAUUUAGUAUGUGAUUUCAGAAGGACAUGGCAUGAGGCCACAUCAGAUCCUCAAAACUAAUAGAGACAACAGGUGGUUGGACUUGCCCAAGGUCACACCGCUAGUAAGUGUCAUGUGAAAUUUAAAUUCCUGUAUCUUUUUUUGCUUUUCCUUCAGAUUUCUCUUUAUUGGUCAUACUUCUGUUCCAUGAUGCCCCUUUAGUUGUUUAUUAUAGAGUUGACCACUUAGGGCUCCACUCUUGCCCUGCUUGUGAGGAUGGGAGGAGAUUGUUUAAGAUUAUAUUUAUUUUUAAUGUUAAUUUUUUUUAUUUUGAAAGACGGCACAAGUGGGGGAGGGGCAGCAGAGGAGAGGGACACAGAAAGGAUCCCAAGCUGGCAAUGACACUGCCAGCACACAGUCUAAUGUAGGGCUUGAACCCACAAACCGUGAGAUCAUGACCUGAGCUGAAGUCAGAUGCUCCACUGACUGAGCCACCUAGGUGUCCCUUAAAAUUUUAUUUUUUAAGUAAUCUCUAUACCCAAGAUGGUAUAGAGAUUGUGGUUCAAUCCCAAGAUCACAAUCCCAAGAUCAAGAGUCACAUGCCCUACUGACUGAGACAGCUGGGUGCCCCUGGGAGCUCCUUUUAGAUGAAAAAGCUUUUUUGCCCUCAGACCUUCCUGUGUGUGAGUGUGAGAAAUAAAAUGGUUUUGCAUUUUGAUUUUGCCUUUAUUCGUACAUAAUGCAGAAGUGUAGCUUUGACCUCAGGUGGCUUCGGUUUCACUCUCCUUCAGCUACUGGCCACCACAGGACUAAGGUCAUUUUAGUUUUGUGGAAUGGUUUUGGUGUCCACUUCCUCCCUCACCCCCUUCCAUUUUCUACCUCUGAAGAAGCUCAGCCCAAAUUAUGUUAAGCCCCAGAUUCAUAUUUCCAGUAAAUUGCUCUGCCUAGGGUACCCCACUCUAGUUAGUUGCCACACAGCAGAGCCUGCUGAGUUAGAUUCUUUGAAGCCUAAAAGUUAAGGAAAAAUGGUUUGGCCUAGGCUCUUUGGCCUGUGGGAUGUUAGGGCUUGCAGGGGAAGAACUUGCUACCUGAUUUCAAACAUGUGCUGAGAAUGUGACACUUGGUAAAAAGUAAGGGGAGCCCAACAUUAUUGUUCCCUGGCAUGUCAGCUGACAGUUCUACAAAGGGUUCUUUUUUAGCUGUACAUGGUUAGCGAUGACCUUAGUAUGGGGCAUCUCCACUCCUAAUUUCAGCCUCCUGAGGGGACUUCAUUUUGGUAAAACAGCCAGGCUGGAAGUUUGAGCAGAUAACUUCUCUGCUGCAUCUCAUUCAUUUUUUUCAAGUGUUUAACCCCCUAUGAAUUAGCCACUAGGGAUAUGGUGAGCAGACAGCCCUAUUUUCCAAGGCUUGCAGAUCAAACGCCUGGAAGUGGAUCACGUUCCCUAUUACCCCGCCUGAAAGCGGAUUAGGUGCCCUGCUGCCCUUCAUCCCGGGAAUCCACUGUCAAGAGGUGCCUGGAUGUGCAAGUACUUCCUGAAGGAGUCCUAGGCAAGACCUGAAGUUUUGCAGCGGGGGGGACCGGGGCCUUGCCUUGAGGGCUGGGAAGGUCCCUUGAAGCCAAUGCUGAACAGAGGGCUGCUGGGAUUUGCGGAGCACGAUGGGAUGCACAUUUACCGAACUCUUCUGAAGUGCCAGGAGGUCUUAGUAGUAACACAUACUGACUCCAUUUAAUAUUCAUGAUAACCUUAUGAAAUUUGGUACCACUAUUCAAUUUUAGAAGUCAGGAAACGGGGACAGAGAGGUAAAUAAAGUAACUUGCCCAAGUUUACACGCUGAGAAUCCGGGACUUAAGCUGAAAACAGACCUAUUCUUUCGGCCAACUGUUGAACAAAGAUCCUUAAGCAGAGUGUGUUUGGGGCUCCUGUGAGGAGGCCACUUUUCCGGCAGGUGAGAAUGUAAGGAAGGCUUACGCCCGCUUUGUGAAACCCUUGGGAAGACCUCCAAAAGGCAGUGACGUGGAAGAGUUUUUAGGAAGAUAAAUAUGGCCAGGUUGCAGAAUGAGUAAUAAGAGCGCCUCUUUGGCCGGCCACCAGCCUCUCACCCUUUUGGUGUCCUUACAGUGGGAGGGAGCCUGGUGCGGUGGGUUUGCGGGCUGUUUCCGCAGCGGCGGCUCCCGAGUCGGGCUGAAGCCUG